AUGUCUCGGGCACCAGCGAUGACGGAUGCUACGCCCAACACCACAACGUUGACAUACGAGUCCCUUGACCGUCUAUCCAACACCCUCGCGCGCUCCCUGCGGUCCCUCGGCGUCAAAAAGGGAGACCGCGUCGCCGUCAGCCUGGGCAACGUGGCUGAGAACGUGGUACUGACAUACGCCAUCUUCAAACUAGGCGCCAUCCUAGUUCCCCUGAACCCAAGUUUCAACGCCCACCAAGUCAGCGCGGCGCUCUCGCACCUCGGCGUCGAGAUCCUGGUCGUCGGCGCCGUGACGGACCUGGCAUACAAGCCAUGCCGGGGCCGCAGCAACCUCGAGCUGCUCACUUCGCUGGUCCCGAACCUGGCUGGCAGUAAAGUCGAGUCCCCAACCGUGACAACGCUCAAAUCCAUCGUGCUCUUGGACAACACUCCCUCGCACCCCCUCGCAGGCCCCUUUCCCCUGGCGGCAGACAUGCGCGCCCUGACGCCCUACGCUACCCUCCUGACCUCCUCAUCCCCACGUCCCCUCCUCCCGGACACGCCCCUCCAGCCCGGCGAAACAAUCAAUAUCCAGUUCACGUCCGGCACGACAUCCGCGCCCAAAGCCGCCAUGCUCUCGCACACCGGCAUCCUUAACAACGGCAACCUGAUCGGCGCGCGCAUGGGCCUAGAGCCCAGUGACCGCAUCGUGUGCCCGCCGCCGCUGUUCCACUGCUUCGGCAGCGUUUUAGGCCUGCAAACCACAGCCACGCACGGCGCGUGCCUCGUCCUGCCCUCACCGGCCUUCGACCCGGCCGCCACUCUGUACAGUAUCGCGGAGACCCGCGCCACGGGCCUCUACGGCGUCGCCACCAUGUUCGUCGCGGCACUAGACUUACUCGCGAGCCCAAACCUCACAACACAACAACUCCCAAAAGACGCGUUUUCGAAUCUGCGCAAGGGCAUCGCGGCCGGCAGCUCGGUGCCGGAGGCGCUGAUGCGGCGGCUGUUCGAGAGGCUGGGGUUGCGGGAUCUGGUGAUUUGUUACGGCAUGACGGAGACGAGCCCGGUCUCGGCGAUGACGACACCAGGAGAUCCGUUCGAGAAGAGGACGUGUAGUGUUGGGCAAGCGAUGCCGCAUACGAAGCUCAAGGUCGUGGAGGCGGGGGACCGCGGGACGGUGGUGCCGAGGGGUGUCAGGGGCGAGUUGGCGGUUGCGGGGUAUUUGGUCAUGGAUGGGUAUUGGGGGGAUGCGGAGAGGACGGCGGUGGACCGGGUGGUGGAGGAAGAUGUGGAUUGCGAUGGGGAUGGAGAUGGGAGGGUGACGUGGAUGUAUACCGGUGACGAGGCAGCCAUGGACGACGACGGCUACGUGGAGAUCACGGGCCGCAUCAAGGAUCUGAUCAUUCGUAGCGGCGAGAACAUCCACCCGCUCGAGGUCGAGAACUGCCUGUUUCAGCACCCGCUCGUCCGCGAGGUGAGCGUCGUCGGCGUGCCGGACGGGCGCUAUGGCGAGGUGGUUGGGGCGUUUGUUGUGCCUCAUCGGGGCGUGAGGAUUGUCGAUGUUGCAGGUCUCGGUGGUGAAGGGAUAGGGGGGACCAUCUCAAGUGGAGGGGUGGAGGCGGGGGUUUUGAGUAUGGCAGGCGAGGGUGUUGGUGACGACAAGGUGCUCUCGCUCUCGAAGGACGAUGUUAGGGACUGGGUCCGGACGAAGCUUUCGAGUCAUCUUGCGCCGACGCACGUGUUUUGGAUCGAUGAGUACCCCAAGACUGCGAGCGGGAAAAUACAGAAGUAUAAGUUGAGGGAUUUGGCGCGGGAGCUGACUUCUCGGUGCUAG